GUCAUUGCAGCCUCUGUCGCCGGGCACACGCAGCCGCCUUUGCCUCCUACGUCACCGUGCCUACGGCGGCCGUGGAAAGGCUGAAGGGCGGUGACUUGGUGCAAGCACGACGAGACCGUUGUAAGCACCUCAAUGCGGAUGUUCUGAGGAUCUUUUGCGGCAAGUGCUUCUCCUCCCUGGCCAUGCUGCCCAAGGUCGGCACGGAGGUUCACGUCUGCGCCGGCUCCCUUGAGGCAGAGAACCUGCCUCCCGUGCACAGUUUUCUGCCUUGGCGCAAGGAUGAGGCGCCCCCUUUUCUUGGCUUCGUGCCGGCGACGAAAAAGGAGAAGCAGAAGGCGAAACAAGCCGUAGCAGCAAGAGGUGAGUUGAAAGUCCAGGGUGGUUGCAGCUGCGGAAGCUGCCGUUUCGUACUCACCAGGUUCCCUGAAGAGUUUCAACACUGCUACUGCAGCAGUUGCCGGAAGCUUUCGGGCGCCGCCUGGCAGACAUGGAUGCCUACGGAG